CUGUGAAGGAAGUUCUAGGCGUCUUUUAUAACAAAUUACUCACCCUCAACAAAACAAGAACAGACUACACAUCUACCUACCUCACACACACAGACACGCCAUGACUUAAUAAAGUGAUGAAAGGAGAACCGAACUAUAAACACCGGGGGGACUUUCACUGGAUUUUAAACCUCAAAUUGGUGGACUAAAUAUUUUGUUCUUGUGGGAUUUUUUACAUUGUGGAUUUAUAUAGAUAUAUAAAUAUAUUUGGGGGGCAUUCGUAACAAAAUGAUGAAUCAAUCACUCUGGAAAGAUACAGGCCUCUUUUAUCUGUCACAUUGAGAUUUCCUGCUGAAACAUGACCUUUUCGCCUUUCACAUUCCAACACACCUGUUGUUGCUGUGCUCUUAACAACAACACAAGACUACGUUGUGGGUCGAGUGGGUUUUAGGAUGUGGAUUUUCAAUGUUUCCCUGGAAGACUGAAACUGAACCGAAGAUGACAGACCUCACCGAAGUAUCUGUUUACUCAGAAUCCUCUGACAUUUACAAAAACGUUUUCUGCAACCCCGCGUUUGAGCUUGAGGGUGAGCGUGAGGAGAAAGUGGAAGGAUUCAGUUCUGCCAGUACUGUCAUGUCCCCAGAACCAGUAAAGAACCAAGCAGCAAACAGCCGAGGUGUGUUCAGUGUGUGUGUGAUGCGUCUGCGAGGUUCGUGGUCUAGCUGGGGGGCCCUGGCAGUCUCUGCUGCUGCUGUGCUCCUGGUAGCAGCCCUGGUCCUGGCACUGGUGCUCAUCUUCACACAACUAAAGGGGCAGAGUGUGGAUGGGGAAGUGGUGUCGACCAAUCCCCUGGACUUGUUGACUGGAGAUGGAUUGCCUCAUGGUCUACCCACAACCCCCACCAACCACAGUCAGAGGGACAGUACAGUGGCCCCAGUGCCAGCCAGAUACCCUACCCCUGAAACUAGAUGUGGGGGCGUAUUGACAGACUCAGAGGGUAGCUUUAGCUCCCCCAACCACCCUGGGUUGUAUCCCCCAGACUCUCUCUGUGUCUGGGUGAUACGGGCGCGCCCCCCAUCCCUGGUCCAGAUCCAUGUGUCCUCUCUGACCAUAGAAGGACCGUCCCCCUGCCUCUUUGACUGGCUGGAGCUUCAGGAGGAGACGGAGCAACCUUCUGUUGUCACCAGGUUCUGUGGCAACGUGGCACCCCCUACUGUAAACACCAACAGCAGCACUGUGUGGGUGACCUUUCGUUCUGACGGGAGCAUUGGAGGCAGAGGCUUCACCGCCCAGUACCACGCCAUCACACCUGAACAGAGUGAGUACUGGGUCAGAGAGAGCUGCUCCAGGGAGGAGUUUAUGUGUGACCACGGGCGCUGCGUCCUGCCUGUGUCAGUGUGUGACGGUCAGCCCCACUGUCAUGACCUCUCUGAUGAGGCCAACUGCAGCCACAAGCACAAAGAGUGUGGGGGCCAAAAGACUGGACCCUACGGCUACCUGGCAACUCCAAACCACCCAAAACCUUACCCUCAUCAACAGUUGUGCACAUGGCGGAUCUCUGUUGAGGAGGGUCAUGUGAUCAGGCUGAGUUUCCUCAACUUCAGUCUGGAGACCCAGGACGUGUGUGAGUUUGACUAUGUGGAGGUGCAUGAUAGUGCUGACAGCGGGACCGGCAGAGUACUCGGACGGUAUUGUGGCACUAGCCUGCCUCCUGAGCUGACCUCCUCUGGGCCCCAGAUAACCGUGGUGUUUGUGGCUGACGAGGGUAUAGCAGACAGUGGCUUCAACGCUUCCUACCAGGCCAUCUCCCUUUCCGAGAGAACAUGCAGUCCUCCUCAGUUUGCCUGCAGCAGUGGGGAGUGCCUGCACCAGGAGUGGCUGUGUGAUGGCUGGACUGACUGUGCAGAUGGGACAGAUGAGCACGACUGUGACAACUCAACCUAUCCCCCUUUCAGCUCGUCCUGUGAGCCCAUCAAGGUGGAAAUGUGCCAGGGCCUGAGCUACAACCUCACCUCCUUCCCUAACAUCUGGCUGUCCAUUGCUGACCAGAGAGAGGCAGCCACGCUGCUCCGCCAGUACAUGGUGCUGACGGAGCUGGCGUGUUUCCAGCCUCUGCGCCGGCUGGUGUGUGGGAUGUUCAUGCCCCACUGCAGCCCUCAGGGUGGGGUGCUGCAGCCCUGCCGGUCAGUGUGCUCCUGGGCAGAGCAGCAGUGUAUUCAGGCCCUGGAUGUAUUUACCUUCAGUUGGCCCUUCAACUGCCACCUGCUGCCUGACUCCCAAGACCCUAUGGAGUGCUCCAGUCCCUGAUGCCUCUGUAGCUUAGCACUUGCCCCCCUGAAUGUGCUACAGUACAACCAUAGUAAUGAGAGGAAUCCAACACAGGACUGACUAGAAGAACUCUUAAGAAUACCAUCAAAGCUCCAAUCUUUUCAAGGAACCUCAGAGACAUACAAUAAAGAAUCACAAUGUUGCACUCUGCAGACUCAAUAUGGUGCUAGCUUUGUACAGCAUAAUGUAUGUAUGGAUGUAUGGAACAGAACUGGUUGGAGUUUAAGUGGGAAUAGAAAAUAAAUGUACAUAUUAACAAAAACAUUGUGGAAUUUGACAUACUGUAGCUUGAUGUUUUGCAAAUGUGUGUGAUUGGACCAUGCAUUUUCUGUAUAAUGAAUUUGACUGAAUUAUGUUUUCCUUUUCAACAA